UCAGCCAGUCUUUUGGCGGUGUAAAUAAAUAAAUAAAUACAAUUGAAGUGACACAAAUCAAGAAUUGAAAAGUCAUACUAAUCUUCUCGCACAUGUGGAAAUUUGUAGGAAUUGAUACUGACAUCCUCUACAACAUGAUGGCCGAAUUGCGAUUGCUGCCAAGAGUGAAUGGUGUUCAAGUCAAAGUUGGUGAUGCCUGCCGGAACCAAGACGAUUAUUGGAAUACAAUUUUCCUCAUGCCAAAGAUCGAACGAAUUGUAAAAUCGAAAAAACCAUUUCAUUAUAAGAUUUAUUGCGAUGGUGUUUCGGCCUCAUGAGGCACAGUACAAUGUGCCAAAAUCGCAACUAGAACGUUUGGAAAGUGAUGGGAUCGUUCGAAAGCGACACGAAGAUGGUGAUUUCGUCUACGAGCUCGGUAUGGACCCAGGCACGAAGACAUGUAACGCCACGGUCCGAAGAACCAUCAAAACCCAUAAAGAGAUAAACUUCAAAAUAUCGAGCAAGAAGUAUCAUUAUCUGACCAAACGCGACAGGAAAGCGGAGAAAUGGACAUGGAAUUUCAAGAUGUUUGAACGGAGCGAUCGGGAGGACCGAAAUCGAUACGAACGAACGGCGUCGCUAAAGGGCAGUUGGAGAGAUUACAUCACUCAUGAUGAGUAAGACUCAUCGCUUGCGAAUUUUGAAGAAAGCCAAACCAGUGCUUGCAGAAUAGAAAUAAGGAGAAAAAAAUUAAUGUAACAGUAUGUUAUAAGAAGCUGGUGGACGUCUUAGUGUUCCAGAUAUCAUCCACAAGAUUUAUUAACGUCCAUAGAUCGUCUCAUGUCGAAUGGGCUUUCAAUGUAAUAUACGGUCUAGCCAUAGAUGAAGGUGUUAUCUAUGGCUAUCUAUAUAGAAUAUAGAUAGAGUACAUUAUGUAAUAUGAAUGUCAUAAAAUUAAUAAAAUUAGAAUAAAAACAAUAAAAUAAA